AUGGUCUCCCUCAAGGCCUCCACUCUCGCCCUCGCCUUCACCCUCGCAACCGCAAUGCCCCAAUCCUCCCUCCCAGCAGGCAUCGCAGACCUCCCCGACUGCGCGCUGAACGGCCUCCCCGCCGUGCUCGCCGCCUCAGGCUGCCCCGGCAUCGACGUCGACUGCCUCUGCUCCAAGCCCGACCUCCCCGCCCAACUCAACACAGCCGUCGAAUCCGCCUGCCCCGAAGAAGCCGACCGCAAGAAAAUCACAGACUUCGUCGCGGGCUUCUGUCCAACCCCCGCGCCAUCCAGCACCACUUCCAUCCCCGCUGAGACUUCUUCUUCUUCUUCCACGACUGACGCCCCCGUGACGGGCGCUGUCGUCCCCGCUCCCACGAGCAGUGCGCCGACGACCACCACCGAGACUGCCACUGCUUGGCCUUCUGCGUCGUCGUCGUGGAUGGGCCACAUCAACGGUACGAACGGGACCUCGACACCGACUUACAACUCGCCCCAGCCGUCGGAUACUGGCGCCCCCGCUUCCGAGGGCGGUGCGGCGUCUCUUGGGUACAGCAUGUUUGCUUUUGUCGUGGCGAUGGGGGGUAUGACUUGGGCUUUUGCUGAGCUUUAG